AUGCGCAUUCGCCUACAGCCUCGCAGGAGACCACAAGGCAAGCGACCUCCAGGUAAGCUGAAUGUUGCCUUGUUGUCUUUGCCCGCUCACCAUCUCCAUAUUAGCAGUGAGCUAGCUCAACGGCUAGACAACCUUCCAAUUGCUGCCGCCGACGACGCUGCCACUGCUGAGAACGCCUCCGUUGAGAUCCGCUGGUGUCAACGGCGAGACAUGGUACAGAAGACGGGGUUCGUCGUACUCAGUCGCGCUUCCCGACAACACCAGGACUGGUUCGAUGACAAGGACGCCGCCAUCAGACAUAGGCCUGCCGAGAAGAACCGCCUACACAAAGUCAACUUAGAUCACCCCACUGAGGGUGGGCCCAUUCGGCCACAUGCGAAUCCACCAGAGCGGAAGUGACCGCACCUACGACACACCCACGACACCUAGCACAUCCAUCAUGUCCAGUCCCACCCACGCUCCGUCGCCCUGCGCGCCCAUCACUACAACCACCACCACCACCACCACCACCACCACCACCACAACCACAAUCACCGCCUCCUCCGUAGCUGACACUGACUACGCCGACAUCACCUUCCCACACUUUUCACGCACAUUCACCUCACGCAUCGGCCUGGUCGGUCACUUGCGAAUCCGUCGCACAGAGGCUGUCGAACCAGUGCCUGCAGCAGCAACCUAUACCCACCAAGCUCGUCUCAACUGCCCACAUUGCCCUGGCACUUUCAGGCAUCGCAUGGGCCUAUUCGGCUAA